AGAGCAGUGAAACUUUCCCCCUCAUGCUCCCAGCCUCCACUCCCUUCCGGACUCCUUGCCUUGCAAAAGUGUGCGCAGACCCGGCAGACCGCUGUGGAGAGGUUCAGGAUUUGGGGGGUUUGUUUUUAACAAUGUAACGAAGAAAAGGUUUUUAUUUUUUCAAAUCUUGGCUGAUCGCUCUACUAAACCCAAGUAGGACUACAGUGCAAGUUUCCCUUCACUAACGAACUUUUACUCAUUUGGAUUAAUCAGCUAGAUUAUGGAAAAGCUUGUGAGAGAGCGCCUUUCCUUAGCGCGCGGGAUACGCACGGUCCUUCUGGCACUCGUACUUUGCGCGCAGGCUUGUUUAGGCUUUUCGGUCGCUGGACAGCAGGAGAGCACCUGCGAGGCCAAUGGCAGCAUAUACUACAUGGGAGAAUGGUAUUUCCUGGACUCUGAUCACUGCACUCAAUGUGAGUGCACCGCUGAGGGCUCCGUGUGUGCCCGCACUGAAUGCACCUCUCUCCCAGCUGCAUGUAUCCACGUUAGCCACUACCCCACCGACUGCUGCCCCAGGUGUGAAAAAAUUGGGUGUGAGUAUCGAGGGGUGGUUUACGAGCUAGGACAGAACUUCCAGCCAUCAGAAUGUGAGCAGUGCACUUGUGACAGUGAUGGCAUUGCCCGCUGUCUUGUGGCAGAUUGUGCGCCUCCACCAUGUGUCAACCCUGUCUAUCAGCCUGGGAAGUGCUGCCCUGAAUGCAAGGAGGGUCCUAACUGCUAUGUUGAUGGAUCACGCAGUAAAGUGAUUCCUGCAGGAGAGCCCAUCUGGGUUGACUCCUGCACCAAGUGUCGUUGUCACGACGGCCAAGAUGCUGGUUACUGGGAGGGAAACCGCCUCGCCACCUGUUCCCGCCUCAGAAACUGUAAACCUCAACAGCCGCCCACCCAGCAAAACUGAUUCUCUGUCAGUAGGUAGACUGUCAGAGGUCUACAUUUCUUAAAAUACAUGUUGUUUAAAGAAACAGUACGUUAAUGUACUGUACAGUACUGUGCAAAUGUCUUAAGCCACCGGUUCUUUCUUUUGUCUUUUUUUUUUUUGCUAGAAAAAUGGGAAAUACAUAAUAAGAGGCAAAACAGAGUUUGUACUAUGCAGUGGAAGGAUAUCCGUCAAGAAGUGAAUAACAGAUGGAUCAGCUGAAAGGCCACAUACAACUCUCAGGUCCUGUGUCAGGUCUUUGCUGGACUUUAAGAUGCUGUUCAUCUGCUGCAGAUUUUUGUUUGGGACUGCCACUUUUCCUCCACUUGUCCAGUUCCUCAAAUUUCUUAAGUUCACACUGCACACAAUGUCAAAAUAUGACAAGUUUUCUGCUAAAAGUUCUUUCGGACCUUCGCUCCUUGUUGGUGCAAAAAUACUAAUUUGUGUCUCUCAGAUUGUGUUAACUUUGAUAUUUUUUGUAUCAUGUGCCUAAACAUAUGAUUUUGAAUGUGCUAAAUCGUCUCUUAUCUAAUCUCUCUUACACUGGUUCAUCUCUUGAGUCAGGUACUUUUUUUUUCUUUUUCUUUUUCUUUUUUUUUUAUAAAAGACCGCCCUUCAAAAAUAAUCAAAACAGCAAAGACAGUCCAAAACGGUCCAAAAAAAAAAUAAUUGAAAAACCUCUCAAAGUUUGGAGAACUAUUGCUCAGACCAAUUUGAAAAAUUACAAUAAAGCCUGCCUACUUUGAAACAAAAUAUAAAGGAAUGACAUGUGGCUCAAGACUUUUGCACAGCAUUGUACCUUAGGCAACAGGACAAGGAUACCUAAUCCAACAUUUCAGUGUAACAAACAACACUAAAGCUGUCACUGACAGGACACUAGCUGAGAAUUAUAAGAACUUCAAAAACACAAAAUUAGGUUUCAGUAAUGUUGUUUUAAAUGGACAACAAACACUCCAACACUUGUUCCCAAUACCUGCACUACUACAGAAGAAUCUUUAAUGAAACAAAUCUAACAGGAACAAGUAAAUUAAACGACCCUUGAGUAGUGGCCUUCCUAUCAUGAUUGGUGUUUUUCUGAGAGAGAGAGAUGAGUGGGCUAUUGCAGACCUUGGGGAGGACCAAGGAGGUAUUUCAAGCAUCAGAACAAAGCCAAUGUAAUUAUUGGAUGACAAGAAAUGAUAAUUGACCUGUCACCAGCUGAUGCAGCAGUAAAAUGCAUGCAUCACUGUGAUGCGAUUUAGACUAGGAAACAGCAGAACGGAGCAAUAAACAACUUUGUGUCUGUUCUAUAAAUAUUGUAGUUCAAUUUCCAUGCUAAUUGAAAUAUAAUGUAUGAGAGUAUGGCCUGACAUAUGACUGUACAGUAGUUGUAGACAAGGGUAAUAUUUGAAAACAGGGUUUCAUUUAGGGGAAUGUUAUUUGUACAUGUCCACUGUAGAGCAGGAAAAAAAAAAAACAAUCUGUAACUCGCAGCUUUGUUCAUUUUUCACAAGAAAGGUGUAGCUUUUAUACAAACAACCUUGUACAUUAUUUACACUCUCCAAGUGGAAAAUUAUGAUUUACUGUUUUCAGAAUGAAAUGUAGCAUGAAGUAUAUUGUCCUUUUUUUAUAUAGAAACAUUGAUAGGCAGCAGGCCUACCUUCUGUGAUUUGUCAUCAUUUCUCACUUUGAUCAUGAGGGACAUUUCAUAGAAAAAACCAAAAGUGAUUUCAAGUUUAAAACUCUGUGUUUACCGCUUUUACAUUACAUAAUAAUCUCGGGCUGCUGCUGCCUGCAUCAGUGCCAUUGAUCCAUUGUAGCUAAAUAGCAUUAAUAAGCAGACGCUGUGUUUGUAUUUCACAAAAUAUGAAAGAAUUCCUACAAGUGCAGCUUUCAAUUUACUGGCUGAUAUGAAGGGAACUGAUGUGAUGUGAUGCUGCAUACCUUUUUUGAUAAUCCAUACAGGUGUGCAGAGAAAAUGUGCAAAAAUUCUCCAAAUUAAAACUCCU